CUAUUAGAAAGCAUUAUGACGAAACAUCUGACGUCGGGCAGAAGGUGAUAAGAUGGUUAAAAGAUUUCAAGAAUGAUAAGAAUUCGAAACAGAUAGAUCAUUUUUGGGAUCUACAAGUGAAGAGGCAAAAUAUUUCUGUGGAGAUAAAAUUACUUGAGGAGAAAAGCAAGUUGCUUGAGAAGCAACAAAAUGAACUGGAGAACGAGAUUGAUCUUGAACAGGUUAAUUUAUAUCUAGAUACGGUGAGAGAAACCCGAAAUCAGGGUGGUUUACUGCAAAAAGAAGUUACGAAAAAGAUCGAAAACCGCGUGACUGGACAUAAGCGAGCUCGUGAAGAAAAGCCAUCUAACCCACCAAAAAAGAUAAAAUUAUCAGGAAAAAAAGUUGAAUAUAUCCGCAAAUGCGAUGGCAAGAAAAGAUUAUCAGCUGUAGAGAAAGCUGUAUUACGCUAUGGUUUAUCACAAAUAAUCGAUUUAUCAGCUCAUAUGAAACAACGGUUUUCUCUCGAAGAUAGAAAAUUUAUGAUGAAGGAUUACAUGUCUUUAUUACAAGUUCCCUGCCUGAAUGACGAAGAAACUUCCUUUGUCACAACUAUCGAAAAUAUGGUACUCGAAAAAAGAAUAAACGAAGCAUACGAAUUUUGCGCUAGAAAAUUUACUAGCUCUGAGGCGAACAGCUACAUGCGAAAGAUUAGUAAAGUAUACUUAGAUUUAAGUGAGGAUGGCGAUAUGUUGGAUUCUGCAAACACUGAGAUUGACAUAAUACUAAAAGCAUGUUCAUAUAUUGUUGAAGGACUGAGGAAGAGUCUGGUAGUAAAACAAAGAUGGGGAGAGUCAUUCUGCCCAUUGAGCAAAAACACGGACUAUAAAAAUGGUCGCAAGUGUGAUGUGCGCUUCUUGUCACAAUCAGGAAUAGACCUUGGAGAAUGGGAGUUCGCGUCAAAUGCAACACCACAAAAGGCAAUUGGCGACUGUUGUCAAUCAGCUCAUAUUAAUCAAUCGAUAUUAAAUGGUACGAAUGGGCAGAUGUUAAUUGAGGAUUUGAUUGAGGGUUUCUAUGUUGUCUUUCCGGGUUCAAAGUUUGAGCUUCCCAUGAAGCUUCAACAUAUUGGUAAGCUGAAAUCCUCUGUAAACAUUAUCAAGUUUGUCAUGGAUAUGUAUGAGAAGAUAGGUGAAAUCGUGGAGACCAAAGAAAGUAGGAAUAAUGCGUUUGAUGAUAUUUUCGAUAGUGAUGAGCUUGACACGAGUCCCAUUCUAAGUCGGAAUAUAUUCGUAAACCGUGGUGGACCCGAAAAGCAAUAA